AUGAUCUUUAUAUUUUGGAAUUUAAUAUUGAUAAAUUCAGCUGCUGCAUCCAUAAAAGAUACAUCAAAAAAUUUAACAAUUAUAAAUGAGUUUAAAUACAAAGUUGAUAAAUUUAAUAACAGUGUUAAUUAUAUUAAUCGAAAACGAAGAUUAUUAGUACCAGGAAGUUUAUGGUGUGGUGUUGGAAAUGUAGCCAUUCAAGAAGAUGAUGUAGGUCAGUUCCAUAAAACCGAUACAUGUUGCAGAAAUCGUGAUUUGUGCGGAUUUAAACACAAAGAAGUCUUGCUGCACUUUGAAUCCCAAAAAGACAUGGCUUCGAAGUUUUUCGGAAAACCAGUUUGUAAAUGUGAGAGCGAGUUUUAUUUUUGUUUGAGAAGAGCUAACACUUUUUUAUCGCGCAAUCUUGGAAGAUUGUAUUUUUCUAUUAUUCGCCCGAAAUGCUACACUUAUGAUCAUCCUAGCGUAUACUGCAUUAGAUUUCAAGGUAGUCAUACGAGCCGUAAUAAUGAAAAUAAAGAACGUAGAUUUAUUUUUAAUUUCGGUCAAUAUCUACUGAGUGAAAUCGGCUCUAUUGUAAAAGCUCCAUUUAAUUUUAUUGUUCCAGGGACUAAAUGGUGCGGUAAGGGAAAUAUCGCAGAAGAUCAAUCAGAUUUAGGGGUGUUUAAAUUUAUAAAAGAAGAUGUCUCGAGUAUGAAUUUAAUCAGUCAUCACCAAAAAUAUUCCAGUGGCGAGACAGUAGACUAUUUCCAAUUUUAUAGAAUUAAAAUUAUUAAG